AUGUCUUCCAGUAAUAUAUUUGAGCGCAAGCUCCAUUUGAAAUCUACCCACAGAUAUAGCGGUAAAUGCGUAACAUCAUCUUCACCAUCCAUGGGCAAUGGAUCAUAUGUUAAUGGAUGCUUUUCGUCAGGAUUAAUCAAUUUAGCUGAAACCCAUUGUUCGAGUUCAUCUUCUGCUGGAAACAAUAAAGAAGACUCACAUACUUAUAUGGGAGUUGAAAAAAAUCAGGGUUUUGGCGAUGUUUUAGAUGAUAUCAAUACUCAAUCAUCCACUGAUGUUCUACACAAAGAAAGAAAAAAACCUAUUAUGCUGCAAGAUAUAACAAACGUAUCUUCCAAUCUAACAGACAGAUUUCAAAGGAAUAUGCUCACAGAUUUCACACCACAAGAAAAAUAUUACAAGGACAUUCAUCUGAUGAUUGAUGCUAGCGAUAGAGAUGAUUGUGAAGAUUAUUUUCCAAACACUGAAAAUGUUGCAGGUUCACAACCAGUGUACUCACAACUAUACAUAUUUGAUACUGACAAUGAGAUCUCAAACAGAGUUGCUGCUGUCAGUAAACACCAAAGGGAAUCAACAAUUGAUAGAAGAAUUGUUGCACAAAUAAAGACUCAAUUGGAUGAAGUUAAUCCAUUUGUACAACAAUAUCGUUUUGCUUCACAAUUUUUAAGUACAGAACACCGUCAAAAUUUGAGAUUAUGCUUGAUGAGUUCAAGGGCAAAUGAUGGGCGAACCUACAAUCUUCCCUGUGCUUCUGAAGUUGCAGCAUUGAUUGUCGGUGACAUAGAUAUUAUGUUCAAUGUCAGGGACAUUAUCAUAGAAGAGCAAUCAGGGACACCACAGCGAAUUAAUGAAUUACAUCCAGCAUAUUUACCUCUACAAUAUCCUCUGCUGUUUCCUUAUGGUGAAGAUGGAUACAGAGAUGAUAUUGAACACAGAGAAGAAACUCUUCCAGUUACAAAGUCAAGAAAAAGGUUAAGCAUACGAGAAUUUUUCACAUACAGACUUAUGAGAAGAGAAAACGAGAUGUCAAUAUUGUUACAUGCAUCAAGAUUACUUCAACAAUUCAUUGUGGAUGGUUACACUAUGAUUGAGUCACAAAGAUUGCUUUGGGUUAGAACUCAUCAAAAAGAACUUAGAGCUGAUUUGUACCAAGGAUUAUCUGAUGCUGUUUUAAGUGGUGAGAGGAAUGCUUCACUUACUGGGAAACGUAUUAUAUUACCCUCAUCAUUUACUGGUGGAGCAAGAUAUAUGUUGCAAAAUUAUCAAGAUGCUAUGGCAUUAUGUAGAUGGGCAGGCUAUCCAGAUAUAUUUAUAACAUUCACUUGCAAUCCAGCAUGGCCAGAAAUCACAAGGCUUUGUCAACAAGAUAAAGUAAAUCCUUCAGAUCGUCCGGAUAUAUUGACUAGAGUUUUCAAAAUGAAGUUACGGUCAUUGAUGAAAACAUUAAGGGAAAAGAAGAUUUUUGGAACAAUACGUGCAGAGGUAUAUACUAUUGAAUUCCAGAAACGAGGGUUGCCACAUGCACAUAUAUUAUUAUUUCUUGAUCCAAAUGAUAAGAUCAAUGAUCCGGAUGCCAUUGACAAAGUUAUUUCAGCAGAGAUUCCAGAUAAGCAUUCUUCACCUCUCUUAUAUGAUUUGGUUAAAAAAUACAUGAUUCAUGGUCCAUGUGGAGCUGUUAACCCAAAAUCACCAUGCAUGAAAGACAAGAAAUGUGGCAAGUAUUUCCCAAAAAAAUUCAAUGAUAAUACCACAAUUGAUGAUGAUGGUUAUCCAACAUAUAGAAGAAAGAAUGAUGGAAGAACAAUUGAAGUUAAAGGUGUUCCUUUAGAUAAUCGUUAUGUUGUUCCAUAUAAUGCUACAUUAUUGUGCAUGUUUCAAGGACAUAUAAAUGUUGAGAAAUGCAAUCAAUCUACUUCAAUUAAAUACUUAUUUAAAUAUAUUAGCAAAGGCAAUGAUAGAGUUGUUGCUACUAUAUUUGAUAAGGACAACAAUCAAGAAGAAGUGAUUGAUGAAAUAAAACAAUAUUACAAUUGUAGGUAUAUCUCUGCAUGUGAAGCAUCAUGGCGCAUGUUUGGAUUUGAUGUCCACCAUCAUUUUCCUCCUGUUGAAAGAUUGAGUUUUCAUCUACCAAAUCAACAAUAUGUGAUUUAUUCUAAUACUGAUGAUGUUGCGGAGUUAUUAGAAAAACCAAGAAUUUGUGAAUCACAAUUCUUGGCUUGGAUGAAAAUCAAUAAAGAUGGCGGGUUGGCUUCAACUCUUACAUAUGCUGAAUUUCCUAAUUAUUACGUCUACCAAAAAGAUAAACGUCAAUGGAAACAGCGAGAAAGAGGUUUUGCCGUUGGUAGGAUCACACAUGUGUCACCAUCAUCUGGAGAAUUAUAUUAUCUUAGAUUGUUACUAACUACUGUAAGGGGUCCCACCUCAUUUGAUGAUAUCAAAACUGUUGAUGGUAUGGUUCAUGAUACUUUCAAAUCUGCAUGUUUUGCUCUGGGACUCUUACAAGAUGAUAAUGAAUACAUUACUGCAAUCAAGGAAGCAGCCAUAUGGGCAUCUGGAAUUCAAUUAAGGAGGCUCUUUGUAAGCAUGUUAUUAUGUUGUUCUUUACAACAACCUGACAUUGUAUGGAAGGAAACCUCAAAGCUACUCUCAGAAGAUCUAUUUUACAUAUCUUAUAAUGAUCCAGUCUCAUCAGAUAUCCAUAUCUCUCUAUCUGAAAAAGAGAAUGCUGCUUUGAAAGAGAUUGAUAAUCUACUUCAUGCAAAUGGGAAAAGUCUACAUGAAUUUCCUUCAUUACCGUUACCAACAGAAACUGCAACAGUUGAUCUACACAACCAUCUCAUACUGCAAGAAUUGAGUUAUGAUAGACAAGCCUUAUCAGAGGAAGCUAAUACACUUUCCCAGAGUUUGAAUGAUGAGCAACUACUCAUAUAUAAUAUCAUAUUGUCCGCAGUUAAUCUAUCUGACGGUGGGUUUUUCUUUGUGUAUGGGUAUGGUGGAACAGGCAAAACAUUUCUUUGGAAUGCAUUGAUAACAACAUUACGUGCAAAAGGUGAAAUUGUACUUCCAGUUGCAUCAAGUGGAAUAGCUGCAACAUUAUUACCAUCUGGCAGAACAGCACAUUCAAGGUUUGCAAUCCCCAUUCAAAUCACAGAGUCUUCUGUAUGUGGGAUAAAGCAAAACUCAGCACUAGCAAAUCUGAUUAAGUCCACAAAGUUAAUCAUUUGGGAUGAAGCACCGAUGGUUCAGAGGUAUUGUAUUGAAGCAUUUGAUAGAACGUUGAAGGAUAUUAUGCAUUCUAAUGCACCAUUUGGUGGUAAAUGCAUUGUCAUGGGUGGUGAUUUUCGUCAAAUUCUUCCAGUCAUACCAAAAGGUACAAGAGCUACAAUUGUUAAUGCUUCAAUUAAUUCCUCAUACUUAUGGAAUCAUUGUAGAAUUUUGAAGUUAACAAAGAACAUGCGACUGACUUCAACUGCUAUUCCCAGUCAUAAAGAAAAGUUAGAAUGGUUUUCAAAUUGGUUGCUACAUAUUGGUGAUGGAAAAUUAGGUGAAUCAAGUGAUGGUGUUGCAGAAGUUGAAAUCCCUAAAGAGUUGUUGCUCACAAAUUAUAACAACCCACUUCAUGCGAUUGUGGAUAGUAUAUACACAAAUCUCCUUCAUAAUUUAGCUUCUGGUGAAUACUUCAAUGAUAGAGCAAUCUUGGCCCCAACAAUUGAAAUGGUUGAUCGAAUAAAUCACUACGUCUGUUCUUUGUUACCAGGAGAAUCAUUUGAGUUCCUCAGCUGUGAUUAUGUGUGCAGAUCUGGUCAAGAAAGUGAUACAAUGGACAGCCUCUAUACCACAGAAUUCUUAAAUAGUAUUACAUGCUCUGGAAUGCCACCACACAAGUUACACUUGAAAGUAGGAGCACCAAUUAUGCUAUUGCGAAACAUAGAUCAAGCUUCAGGUCUGUGUAAUGGGACACGACUUCUAAUAUCUCAUCUGGGACAAAGCGUGAUUGAAGCCAUAACAUUGAAUGGGUCAAAACCCAACCAAAAAGUUCUAAUUCAUCGAAUGGAUAUGAAUCCUUCUGAAAGUCGUUGGCCGUUUAAAAUGCAAAGGAGGCAGUUCCCGAUAAUGUUAUCAUUUGCAAUGACAAUCAACAAAAGUCAAGGCCAAUCAUUAAGGCAUGUUGGUCUAUAUUUGCCUAAGCCUGUUUUCAGUCAUGGACAGCUAUAUGUUGCGUUAUCCAGAGUAAAGAGCAUGGAUGGUUUAAGGAUUGUUGUUGAUGAUAAAGAUGAUAGUGGUAUGGAUAGUGGUACAAAAUGGCAAGCUCCUUGGGAAGGACUGGGAGCCACGGCGGAUAUAGACACGAGCUGUAGUAGAUAUAGACAGGCGCUGUGGCUCCUUAUACAGGAUGCCUCUCCUUCCUUUCUGUUGGAGAUGCUGUCGCGAGUUGCUUCAAGCGCCGUGGCGGAUGUUGCUUUUUCAGCCUCUCUACCUUUGGAUGGCAUAGAUGAAGAAUGGGGAAGAGAGGGAGAAGAAGACGGCAAGCUACUAGAAAGGGAGAAGGUAAACUUAGUUGCCAACAUCAGCGCUAGAGAAGGAGAAGUAGAAAUCUAA